AUGAGUUCCAAAGAGAAAGAGUUAUCCAAAUCAAAGUUUAAGUCCUUUUUAAAAAACGCGAAAAAUCCAGCGGGAGCAAAUGAGCGCUCAUUAAGGCCAGAGAUUGAAUGGGAACUCCGUCCGGAACAGCCGGUUGCUCAAAGAUGUAAAAUUUUGAAAGAUUUAGGCGAUCUUCAUUUGCAGUCUUAUAAUUUGGAGGAGACGGCUAUCAUUAAAUUGUGGGAUGUUACCAAAGACCUUUUGGUACCGACGAAAUCUAUGGAUUGUCGUCAGACAGCUUUAACGUUUUAUAAGAAACUCGUUUACACACAAUAUAAGAACUUAACAUAUAUGCGUGAACAAUUCUUUUUGGUUAUUCAAAAUCAUGAAGUAAAUGAGGAUCUUAAACAUCGCCUAGAAUUACUCGAUACGCUAACGGAAAAUGGCAAAGAUAUAAAGAAUUUAGAAGAAAAGAUCGGACGUUUUAUGCUUAUGUGGUUACCGGCUAUUUUGGAGGCCAACCUUUUGAGACCUUACCUAGAUAUGUUAGUUAAUUUAAUUAAGUUUAAUGCUGCCCAUUUAGAUAAUGAUAUCAUUGUAGGAAUUGUUCAAAACGCUUGUAAUUUAAGUUGCAUUAUAGCAGAUGAUGAUAUAGGUUUACAGUGUUUAACUAUUUUGGAAAUGGUGAUGAGUUAUACGAUAUUUCCGAGUGAUCCUUUACCACAAUUUGUGUUUACUCUAUGUCGCACCGUUAAUAUUGCACCUUACUGCCGAUCUUCUUGGAAGAUAAUGAAAAAUCUUCUCGGCACUGAGUUGGGCUAUCAUUCCAUGAAAAUGAUGUGCAAUAUAUUAAAUGAUCGUACGCUUUACGAGGACGAUUAUCUUUUGCGUGGUGCUGUUUUUCAUUUAAAUAUGAACAUAUUUAGCGCUCAUAUGGUUUUCCAGGUCUCGCCACUAUUUUACGCUUCGACCGUGUUAAACAGUUUUUUGAGGGCUCUUGAUAGUCGUCACGUUAGCGUUACUUACGAGGUAAUCCUUGGUAUACAUAUUGUCAUCAAUAAAUAUAAGGCUGAACUGCCCGAAAUUAUAUGGGAUCGUAUAUGUGAUAUAAUGUCAACGAUAGUGGAUAACAUUAAAUAUUAUGAAAGUUAUACGAGCACAAUAAAUGGUUUAACGCAUUUGAAAAACCAUUUUCACGAGAACAUCAAUUGUAUCGAAAAAUUAUUGCAAGAUGAGAAAACGAAAAUUCUAGCAAAUUAUGAACGUAUAUAUGAUUUGAUUGAGCGCGUGGCCGAAGAUCGUCCCGAGCAUUCGGUGGUAAAUUUAAUCGAUUAUCGUUCAUCGAAAAUUACAGCUACCCGGCCGGAAUGGUUGCGAUUGUUAAAUGCGUUCACUCAGCGAUUUUACAAAAUGUGCAGCACCAGUAUACGUAUAAAAGUUAUACAGGCUUUGGCCAAUAUUAUGGAUUUGAAUCGUUCGUGCUAUGAGGAGGAGAUUUUGGAACGUGUUGUGAUACCACUAUUUGGACAAGUGUGCUUAGAAACAGAUGUUCAAUUGCGUACAGCGGUGGCGAAGGCUUUAAUUGAUUUCGCACGCCAUUGCGAUACGAAAAGAUGUGGCGAACUCUUAGAUAUUUUAGAGAAAAUGAUAAAUCAUCCAUUUGAACAGAGUCCCCAGUAUGGAGAAUUAAAAACCGAAGCUGAAAUACAAGAUGUUGUCGCCGCUGUAGAUGGUUUAAUAGAAGUUUUCCUAGUGAAACUCUAUCGCCUGCCCACCUGUCAUGCCAUUAAAAUAUUUAAUAUACUCGUGGGUCAUUUGGAAUUGCAUUACGAGAAUCCGAAAGUAUUUGAGCAUAUUAAUAUCGUACGUUAUAAGAUUUUUAGUUGGAUGCUAAAGGCUCGAGCGAACGCCUCGUAUCACAUUGGAUUUCCUGAUCCUAGCAACAAUGAUUUAAUCCGAUAUAGCUAUUAUUUGGCUACAGAUUCUAGUUUACCCUUGCAUGGCAUGUCACAUCAUCAUCAGCGGACCCAAGUGAUGUCACAAUUAAGUUCAUACGAUAUUGUGCCAAAUGCUCAUUUUACUACGAUAUCGAUUAGGAGGGCAUGCAAAAUUAUAGUCAAGUGUUUGGAAAACGAUAGAGAUUUUCAAGUUUUCCAAUUAGUUAUUAAAGAGUUGCCGAAAGCUAUGCAGAAUAAGGCUCUAAUACAGGGUAAUGAUGUAGAAUCUUUGGCUCUGGCUUUGUUCAAAAUUAUGUUCGAAAGCAAUAAAACUUUGCAUCUGACUUAUAAGUCCAGUAUAGAUGAAUUGAAUUCGUUGGUGCUGCCCGCCAUUGCAGCUUUGGUUAUAUAUCACCAAUUUAUACAGCACUCGCAUCAAUCUAAAAUCAUCGAGGUUUUAAAGAUGGGGAUCCUGUCUGGUAUAGCGAAUAUCUGCAUUAACACCAUGACUACUAUAAUUUUGGAAAUGCCGGAAGCCCUAAUGCGCAAAUUACCCGACAUAUUAUUGCAAAUGAGUAAAAUGUCCGAUACCACAACCGUAGCCAUUCCAGUCUUGGAGUUUUUGUCAAUUUUAAGCCGUUUGUCCAAUCAUUUAUUCACCAAUUUUACACCCCGGCAAUACAUGUAUGUGUUCGCCAUAUCUUUGCCUUACACCAAACCGCACCGUUAUGAUCAUUAUACCGUGUCCUUGGCUCACCACGUCAUUGCUGGAUGGUUUUUAAAGUGUAAGCUGGAGUUGCGGAAAAAUUGUGUCACUUACAUAAUUUCGUCCAUUCAGUCUAAUGCUAGCAUGCUAUACGAGGAUAUUAAUAAACUGACCCGUAAUAUACAGCGUCAAGACUUCAAUUCACUGAAUGAAGAUUCCUCCAAUCGUAAACGUAGUACGAGUUUAACUGAAAGAGGGACGCGUAAUUCUUCUACAAACGCUACGACUAACCGUAAUGAUUCCGAGAUGCGCCCUUUGAUGAAUGCCAGCUUGAAAAGUUUCCAUGCUGAGUUAGCCGAGACAUGUAUUGAUUUUUUGGCUCGCCAUACCUUCUCGCCAUGUUCAGCUUUGCCAAAGCGGUUACCAGCGGUCGAAUAUCUUCUAAAGGAUGGACAGUCGCAGACUUGGUUGGUAGGUCAUAAUCUGGUUACAAUUACUACGUCUGGUUGUCCAUCAGGCCCGACGCAUAGUGGCUUAUGUGAUCGAUGUGCGCAGUUGGGCAAAACUUAUACUUUAAGUCCGAAGAGCAGUGCCGACAGUAACUCGGUCAAUACACCUAUCUCUCCUGAGGUGAACAAUCAACAACCAGCUAGUACGCGAGAGACGGGAGGUACAUAUGAACAUCGCUAUACAAAAGUAUCUUUACAACAUAGUAGUGGCAAUGAAUCAGCCGGAAGCACUGAUUUGACAUCAACGUCUUCAUCAUCUGCAUCCCAUACUACGCAAAGACAAACAUCAAAUAGUUCAAAUGCGUCAUUAGAAGCAUUGUCAAGAAGAGGAUCAAAUCCUGAAGCUGGUAGUGCAGAAUUGGGUGUGGGCAGCACAGCUGGAGGUGCUGGUGGAGGUAGUUGCGCAUCUUUACCAGGCAAUUCAUUGUCCUCUUCAAGUGUUUGCGCUUCUCCCAUAUGCGUGCGAUCUUGCUCGGCUUGGGCUGAGAUAUUGGUACGACGUCCGACUGGGAACAUUUCUUGGAUAACUCGCAUACAAAAUCCCAUUUCUAGUGAUUGUUUUGGUCAAGAAAUACCUUUCAUCAAUAUGGUGUCACUCUUUCUACCUACCUCGUAUGGAGGGGUGUUUGGACCGGAUUUUUUUUCACAGGAUCACAAUGUGGAAACUAACGAGACAAUAUCAGAAGUUGUCAAGGAAACUUUAUACAUAGGCGAUAUUUCGCGAUUAGAUAAGAUAUCUGGAAAUGCGAGCAAUAAAACUUUGGAAGAUCGUCGCAAAGCUGUGUCAAAAGUAAGGGCUUUGCAGAGGCAAGAAGAGAUCUCUUCAUCAACUCUAGCUGUGGCGUCGGUGACUGCCGGUACUGCCGCCAUUGAUAUACCAAAAUGUACAACGAGUAAGAGAGGAAAGGAGGCUUUGUCGGGCAGUGUUAGUGACGGUGAAGCGGAUGAGGACACGAUGGUUUUCGAUGGUGACCAGAGUCGAGCACGUAAGCCAGUAAGACGAGUAAACUCCAGUCCCGAGAUGAGUUCUAGCUGGCGAAAUAACUUUUUGAGCAAUAAACCGGCUCCCUUGCAUCAUCAUGAAACAAACAUGGAAUAUACUACAGAAAUCGAAUUGCAGCAACGAGAUUCACAUCAGGUACAACAAAAAAAGAAAAGUGUGCAAUACAGUAAAGUAAGCUGCGAAGCCAUACCUGAAGAAAUAGCAGGUUCAACUCCGCCGCAACAGCAACAAUCAACUGAAGUUAGUCUUAAAGCUCCAGACAUGAGUAGCUUGCCACCUAAACAGCUGUCAGCUGACGACGUGACGGAAAAUUUAAGUGCAGGCUUAGGGGUCGUGCAACAGUCCAUUUCAGCUUCAUCGCUCAAAACUAGUGAAGAGAAAAUUACAAGUAAACCACCGCUUUCUCCGGCGCCACAACAUUCGCCACGUUUGGAAAAAAUACAUACCGCUGCUAAGUCGACAUCCUUUGGCUCCCAUCAGGGUUUGACCAAGUCGACCAGCGGCGGUAAUGCAAUGGGUAUAACUGGUAACGCAGCUAGCAAUAUCAAUAAUGCCGACUAUGGCAGUGGCAAUGUCGGAGGCGAUAUCAUGCGUGGUCGGUCGAAGACCAUUUCUGUAGUACGUGAAGUAAACAAUGGCAAAACUCGCCCGCCCACCGCCACAUUCCGCGUCUUCAAUUCAUCAAAGCCGCAACUGAAUGCAAAGCUGUGCAUGAAUCCUAGCUUUGUAUUCUUACAACUCUACCAUACUGGGCAACUGCAAACUACUGACGCGCCCAUUAAAGUCCCAUCUGAGCAAAUGAGUGCUGUCAAUCUAUUGGAUUUGGCUCCACCAUUUGAGACUCAUAAAAUCGGCGUUCUUUACGUUGGUCAGGGUCAAUGCAAUAAUGUUGUAGAAAUUUUGCGUAAUUCCCAUGGCAGUAUUCGUUACGUAGAAUUCUUACGCAGCAUUGGUACUUUGGUAAAUUUAAAAGAAGCGGCACAAAACAAUUUGUUCGUUACCUUGGAUACUGGCGGUGCAGAUGGUAAUUUCACCUAUGUAUGGAAAGAUGAUAUCGUACAGGUGACAUUUCAUGUUGCUACCCUCAUGCCCACUAAAUUGAGCAGCGAUCCUAAUUGCAAUGAAAAGAAGAAACACAUUGGCAACGAUUACGUUAACAUUGUUUAUAAUGAAAGCGGCGAGGAAUAUAACCUGAAUACCAUAUCAGGACAAUUUAACUUUGCUUGCGUGAUUGUCGAACCUUUGGAAUUGAAUACUAAUCGUAUCUAUGUAAAGGCACGACCGGAAAUUGCAAAAUUUGUUUGCCACCCUGAGCCGAAAAUAGUUUCUGAUCGUAGCGCACCUUUAUUGGCCAGACAAUUGGCUUUACAUGCUAAUUUGGCAUCUCUUGUGUACCAGAGUUUGCAAAAGAAAAAUCCAUAUGCGUCCAAUUGGCUGGAAAGAUUGCGUAUAAUUAAACGCCUGCGUACAAAGCUAAUUGAAAGUCAAAAUCAACAUCAAGGUGCUACUGCUACUGCUGAUAUCGAUGAUAGAUCUGCAGAUACUAUCAAUAAACAAAAUACUAAUCGUGAUUUUACUAAAUACACUUAAAUUCUCUUAAACUUUCGGUAUUAAUCAAGCUUAUCUUUCAAUUCAAUAUGCAUUGUCUUUUUUCUAGUGCGGCAAUGCAUGCAACAUCACGAUGAGAUGAAAAUGUUGAUGACGAAACCCAUUUGGAGUGUAUCAUUGUCGAGUACAAGGUGAAUUUAGCGGAAUUUAUAUGGACACUCGUCUAUGGAAUAAGAUGAUUCUAGCGUUAGUAAGUAUAGUGGUGAAAAGGUCUGUAUUUGGACAUUCGGGGAGGGAAUGUAAGAGGCAGCUAAAGCAAAACUUAAAUAGCAAAGGUCACAGAGCAUUUGGAAGAUAAGUUACUCUUCGCUCGGAUUAUGCGGCUGUUUUUACCUCUUUUACGAAAAGCAACUUAGCUUAACCUUGAUAAACCCUGACCUUGAUUGGAUUCACCGAUCAUAAUUUUCACAAAUUUUCUAUACCUAAUGCGCUACGAUGCGUACUCAUUUUGUCUUGGUAACUUCAGAUUAUAUUGAAGAUAGAAGAGAAAAGUAUUUUAUAUGUAGUAAAAUUUAUUUGUUCAUAACUUAUUUUUAAUGAAAAAAGAAUUCAACACAAAGAGUGAUUCAUGCCAAACGUUUCGGCAGCAGCGCUCACCGGAUAUUUAUUUCUCAUAAUUUUCGCUAAAGAAUUGCGAUAUAUAUUAGUACGUGACUUGAUUGGUAGUCUGUGCAUGUUAGCGCACUACAUAAUCAGUAAUCCCCAGCCUGUA